AGCAGAGUCAGUCGGUGGCUGUGGCAGCUCGCAGUCGUUUGCUGUUUUCUGUAUGAAGUGGCAUUUUUGGAGCGCUCGUCGCCGUGAAACGUACGUGGCGCGGACAACCAAAGCGAACAGUGCAUUCGUGUCGGGCUCUUUACUAAGCCCAUUUGUGAAAUCAGCGUCAAAUACAAAGACGUAAGCGUUAAUAUUUAUUCACAUAAUUAGCAUAUACAAAAAGUUUUUUGUGUGCGUGUGUUCAAAGAGUGUAAAAUAAAGAAUUAUUUUCGAUGGAGUAAAAAGUUGAUGGAUUAUUUGAAAAUUAUAUACGAGAAAACGCAGCGAAACAAUGAACACGUUCAAAAUGACUGUGAAAACAUCAUAAAACAAAGCAACAAAUUAAAUGUGCGAAUAUAAUCAAAAGCGGAGAUGUGUGACCGCUCAUGUGUUCAGCGGCUACGUAAAAAAUCCCAUUUAUCAAACUAUACAUAUACAAAGACCUAUAUGUAUGUACGUGUGAUCAGUGAAAUCAACAUUUGAAACUGCGAUCGAAUAAGCUUCUUUGUUACGGCUGUAGCAACUUGAGGCGCUGAGUCGGAUCGAGAAUCCAGCUUUUCGCGUUUAUUUACAGAAAGUUCGAAAACAAUCAAUUCGCUUGUAUUUCCUUUGUUGUUGUUUUCUUUAUUAGCAGCGCGUAAUUGCUCCAUGUACUUAAAAGUGCAAACUAUUAUUGUUAUUGCUGCGUCACUUUUACUGCAGUUGCUGGUUGCUGCUGUUAUUGCUUCUCGUAAGCUCCGCUAUACACCUUUAUUGGCUUCAAUUACGAAUCGCGUCGCUGCUAUCGUUUUCAAUUGGCGUUAAGUGGGUGGCGUUCAUUACGCGGAAGACAAAUCGCGAUUUGUGUAAAUUCGGCUACUAAAAACAAGUUUGCGUAAACUGCCUGAAGUUAUAGCUACCUACUUUAAAGAAUUUUCGCCAACUCUAACGCCUAUAAGCAGGCUAUAUUACUUGCUGGCUUUCAACAGUGUGGGACAGCGAGACGAAAUAUUUGACAGAAGAUAUAUUGAAGCUGCAGUAAUAAGUCAAAGCGACCGCAGAAGCAGCAGCGCAUAAAGUGGUCGACCAAUCGAGAGGAAACCGAACGGAACGAAGAAGAAUAGACAACGACUUGGAACAUAGCUAGGCGAACAUGUGGACGAGAAUGGGCACCGCAGGUCUUGCUGCCGGCGUCUUAUUGCUGCUGUGCGUCGUUAACAGCGUCAACUCCUUCUCAAAGUAUGGACGCGGCUGCAACGACAUUGGCUGUCUGCCCAGUGAGGAGUGCGUCAUCAGCAGCGACUCGUGCAGCUACACGCAGCGCGAGGGCAAGGACUGCGGCAACUACCCGAAAUGUCAGAGGAAAUCCGGCUCCAGCUCGUCGUCCUCGGCGCCAGUUAAUCCGUCAGUGAGCACCGGCACCACACACAACUCGUACAAUCCAAGCGCACCAGUGCCCGAUCUUGGUGAUGGCAACAGUUUCAAUGGCGGCAGCAGCGGCAAUACCGGUGGUGGUUUCGGUGGCGGCGGUUCAGGUGGACACAGUCUCUAUCCCACUUUGCCAAACAGCCCGCCAGCAGGCGCAUCAAACCCUUACGGUGGCUACCAGCCACAACCGGGCGGAUAUCAGCCACCAGCCGGCGGUUACCAGCCAGGAGGCUAUCAGCCGGGUGGUUAUCAACCCGGUGGCUAUCAACCCGGCGGCUACCAACCCGGUGGCUACAAUCCGAAUGCUGGUGGUAGCGGUGGCUACGUUCCAAAUGCACCGGGUUAUGGCAGCGGUGACAAAGUGCCGCAGAAACCGAAAGACAAGGAAGGUGGCGGCUUCUUCUCUAGCUUCUUCUCCAACCCGGCGGUAAGUCAGGCUGUAUCUGGUAUUAUUGCAGGCCAAAUCACGAAGAGCUUGCAAGGUGGUGGCGGCGGCGGUGGCGGUGCUAAUGGUGGUGCUAACGGCGGUUACCAACCAAGCGGUGGCUACCAGCCAAGUGGCGGUUACGGCGGUGGUGGUGGCAGCGGCUCAGGCAGCGGUUCAUCUGGCAGCAAUAUUCUUGGUGGUCUACUCGGCAGCGUGUUGGGUGGUGGAGGCGGGGCCAACGCUGGAAGUAGCGGUAGCGCCAGUAACUUCUUGGGCAGUCUUCUGAGCGGUGGUGGUGGCGGCAGCAACUCUGGUAGCAGUGGCGGUGGCAGUGCCAGCAAUUUCUUGGGCAGCUUGCUUAGUGGCGGCGGUAGCAGCAGCAGCAGCGCCAACCGCGCCGGCGGCAGCAAUCCAAUUAGCGAAAUAUUGGGCUCGCGCAACUUUGGCGGCCUCUUCAGUGAGAAUCCAUCCUCCAGCUCCUCCGGGUCCUCUGGAUCUUCCUCAAGCUCUCAAGGCCCCAAAAGCUAUCCCACUCAACCGCCAAUGAACUACUACGGUUAAUAUGAAGACAAAGCAGAAAAAAAAGAGAAAGCCUCUUUUCAUUUAUACUCGUUUUCUCUUAAACUCAAAUGAUAUUUUUAUUUUACUAACAGGGCAGCUAAGAUUUACUCGUAUUUUAAUUUACACCAAAUAAUAUAUACAUACUCUAACUAAACGUAGAUAAAAGAUAAUAAGUUUACUAGAGAAGCGCAUAAACCUAACGAUAAUCAAAGAACAAGACAUUUGUAGCCAUUCGCAAUUGAGAUAAUUGCGGUUUGAGAGGCACAAAAAUGAGAACAGCUUCGGCAAAGAGUCGUGUAUAUAUACUCGCGUAGUUAUUAAAGCAGAUUUUAUGCGUAGAAGAAACUAAUAAACAAAUACAAAAGAAAAAUGUACUCAUAGUUCGUAGAGAGGAAACCGUUUUUUAACUGUAAAGCUAUAUUAUUUGAGAACUGCUGCAAUUACUCGCAAGACGGCUAAGCAAGGAUUGCAAACAAUAAUUUUACCAAUCAAUUAGUAAAUAAAUUGUAUAUAUAAAAGAAACGUAUAUACAAACAAAAACAAAACAAAAUAUGUCUUUAUAGAAACGUUCACUUCAAUGCAAUAAAUUUUAAUUUUCAUAACUUCGAGCAUAAAUAAGAUAAUUAGAUUGAAAAACGGAGAAAUUCUGAAUUGUACAUAAAUAGCUGAAAUCAAAUAAAUAAACGAAAUUAUAUAAAAUAUAUGUAUUUAAA